GCGCAGAAAAGAAAAGAAAAAAGAAAAAGAGAGGAAGAUCAUAGAGGUGAACAAGAAAAAAUGAUGAAGUUUUUAAAAGUGGGACAAGAAGCCAGAGAAUUAGGGCUAGAGUUGGGGGCCCUAUGAUGGUCACUUGUUCCCGGGCCCCAGCAAGUCUGUUGACAGUCCUGAGUACAAUACCACAUCACUGUAUGCGAUCACUGGACAUUUCUAAGCAGACAUGAGAGACAGGCUGAGGCACCUCCAUCAGGUGCAGACUGACUCUGAGGGUUUCAGCACCGUGGAACUGGACAACUUAUCAGGGUGUGAGGCAGCAGCAGCAUCACAUCCUGACCAGGACCUGGAUGGCGUCCUGCAGGAGGCCCAGCAGAUACGGCUGGAGAUCCAACGGAUCCAGAAUGACAUCAGCGAGCUGAAAGAUGUGAACUACCAGGCCUUAAACAAGACCUCACACCCCAUUGCGACAAAGCGGGACUCCAAUGCAAUCGGGGCAGAUAUUAAGCGCAGGGGGGAAGCCGUGCUGCAGCGGCUGCACAUGAUGAACGAUCUGAGACGGGAACUCCAGGCCGAGCGCGGCAGCUCUGACCCCACGGUUCGCAUUUCUCGAACACAGUACCAGUGUCUCAGCAAUGCCCUGCGGGAGGUGAUGUUCAGCUACAAUGACACAGAGAUGGGCCACAGGGAGGCUUGUAAACGGCAGAUCCAGAGGCAGAUGGAGGUGGUGGGCAGGGAGGUCAGCAAGGAGGAGCUGGAGGAGAUGAUGGAGAGCGGGGAGUUGAAUGUGUUCAGCGCCCAGGUGGAGGGCAAAACGGCCCGCUCGGCCUUCCUACAGAUCGAGAGUCGACACAAGGAGCUGGUGGAGCUGGAGAAGAGGAUGGAGGGGAUCCAGGAGCUGUUUCUGGACGUGGCCAUGCUCACGGAGGAGCAGGGCGCAAUCGUUGACAACAUCCAGAAAAAUGUUCAAAACACUGAAGUGAUCAUUGAGGAUGCUGUGGUCCGGCUGGACAGAGCCAUGGCAUCUGAUAAAAACAACCCCUUCAGGAGAAUGUUUUGCUGCUGCUUUCCAUGUUUCAACAACUAGGUCAAGAAUGAACUUUGCAUCUUUAAGCCACAAAAUGUUAAAUUUAAAUCUACAUCUGCAGAUGAAGGUCAUGUGAUGUAAAACAAGCAGCAACUGAUUACAUUUACUCGAGUAUUGUGCUUGGGCUUGACUUGAGUAUUUACCUUCAUGCUCUUUCAUACAGCUCAGAGGGAAAUGUUGGAUACUUUUUACUCCAUUACUGAUUCUGAUUAUUUGACAUGUAAAGUUACUGGUUACAUUGUUGUUUAAAAUUUUACAUAUAUAAACAUAUGAUGAAUAGAACACUAUGCAUUUUUUUAUAUUAAACUACCCAACUGUGUAUUAAAUAGUUCCAAUCAGCUCAACCUUAACAAACUACAGCUACAAUAAAAAGCUGCGUAAACACGAAUGCAUCAGUAAUAAUAAUCCAUCAAUACAACAUAUAAUAGUAAAAGUAUUUUUACUUUUGAUACUUUGCUUUUGCUUGCUAAUACUCACAUACUUGAACUUAAGUGAUAUUUUAAUGCAUUUACUUGUAAUGGAGUAUUUUUGCAUGUUGCUACUUUUACUUAAAGUAUCUGGAUACUUCCUCCAACACACUGUCAAAGCUCCAGAACAGCUACUAAUUGGAUCUUGCAGGACUAAUUUGCCAUCUGCAGUUUCCAAGGUCCAGAACUUGGACUUGUUAUAUUUCAUGUUAAGAUAAUAAUAUCUAAUGUUAUUGUGUUGUUUCACAUUGAUAAAACUGGACUUUUAAAGGUU